UCUCUUUCUGCAUAUAGAGCUGCGUUCAGAGUGAAACAUCUGAGUGCUUCUGAAAGUCAAAGAACAAAAAUGGCGGAAUCCUCCGACAGUCAAAAUCCUUUCAACUGUCCGAUUUGUCUUCAUCUUCUGAAAAAUCCAGUCACUACAAUUUGUGGUCACAGUUUCUGUAUGGACUGUCUUAAUGGAUUCUGGGAUGGGGACGAUCAGAAGGGAGUUUACAGCUGUCCCCAGUGCAGGCAUUCAUUCACCCCAAGACCAGAUCUUUGCCGAAACAUUGUGCUGGCUGCAGUUGUAGAAGGAAUGAAUAUUAAAGCACCAGAAAAAGAUGCAACAGAAAAAGCAUCCGUCUCUCCUGUUUUGAGUUUUGCUGUGUCUGGGGAUGUGGAGUGUGAUAUCUGCACUGAGACCAAACUAAAAGCCAUUAAAUCUUGUCUAGUGUGUUUGGCUUCUUACUGUGAAUCUCACAUCCAAACUCAUUAUACAUCUCCUGCGUUAAAGUGGCACAAACUGGCCAAUGCCUCACCAUGUCUACUGGACCAGAUCUGCUCUCAACAUCAUAAGCCUCUGGAACUGUACUGUUGUCAAGAUCGGCAGCUGAUAUGUAUGCAGUGUGCUCUGAUUAACCACCAGAACCAUAGCAUGACUUCACCUGAAGCAGAACGACAAAACAUCCAGGAACAGCUGAAGUUAAAACAGGCUGGUCUACAAGAGGACUUGCUUCAGCGAGAGGUAAAGGUGAAGGAACUAAAACAAGCCAAGGACUUUUACAAGCGCUCUACACAGGCUGCAGUGGUUCACUGUAAGGAGAUGUUUACUGAGCAGAUCAACUCCAUGGGGAAACGACGAGCUGGGAUAACAAAAGUGAUCAGAGCUCAGGAGAAUGUAGAAGUAAGCCGCGUUGAGGAUCUUAUACUUACUCUGGAGCAGGAGAUCAGUGACAUGAGGAAGAGACAUGAUGAACUGGGGCAGCUUUCACACAUAGAGGACAACAUAUGUUUCAUUCAGAAUUUCUCAUCUAUUUCCGACUACCAAUAUUCAAGCUUGUGCACCAUGUCCAUCAGCCAGCAUCUGACAUUUGAGCAAAUAGAAGCAAUUGUCAGUGAGCUAAAAAGCCAACUAGAUGAUCUCUGUGAACAAAACAUUGUGAGGAUAUCAGAGAAAGUUCCUGCUGUCCACAUACUGGUGAAAAAUGAAAAAGCCACAAACUAUUUGCCAUCCCAGCCCAAGACCAGAGAAGAGUUCCUAAUAUAUUCCUCUGAUCUGAAUCUGAAUCCGUCAUCAUCCUGUAAUGGGCUUUCUGUGAGCAGCAACAAGUCUGUGUCAAGGAAUUAUACUCAACAGCACAACCUUUUAAACCAGGGAUUGUUUGGUCCACGCCCAACAUAUUUAAAUACAUACCAGAAUUAUACAUACCAGGUGUUGUGUAAUGAAAAUCUGUCAGGUCGCUGUUAUUUUGAAGUUCAGUGGACAGGAAAAGGUUGUUCUAUUGCAUUCUCGUAUGACCAGUUUCAGCAGGGAGGGGGAACUUGUAGAUUUGGCUCUGACAACAGAUCCUGGAAAUGUGACUUUCCAACAGCAAAUGUUCUGGUAUGGCAUGAGAACCAACAGACUAGCAUUUCCUGGGUCUCUAAAAUUGGAGUGUUUCUUGAUCAAGAAGUAGGAAUUGUGUCCUUUUACAUUGUCUCUGAUAAAAUGACCCUCCUGCACCAAAUCCAGACCACAUUCACUGAGCCCCUCUACGUAGGGUUUUCUUUUCAGGAUUGGGAAGAUUACUCAUCGGUGACCAUUUGUGAUCUACCAUCUGAAAUGCAAAAUUAGUAAUGGCUCAUGGCUAGUGAAAGUUAGUAGACACAUAAUAGUUUAAUUAACAGCCAAAGGAAAAGAAAUCACUUAAAAUGCACAACAAAUCAUAUUACAGUAAACAGUGUAUGAACUAUUCUAUUCUAUUCUAUUCUAAAACUAUAGUGUGCCCUGACCCAGAUUUUAUACCACAAUAAAUGUUUGUUAGAUGCUUGAAGUUUAUUUUGACUCUGCUGAACCCAGUGUGCUGCCGUGCACUUUGUGACUGGUAUACUUUAAUUAAUGUCUAUAUUAAGAUCUUCGGCAUGUCCAAAUCAAUGCCUUUUUGUGGCGUGCAUUAUACUGCAGGUCUGUUGAAUGUUGAACCGCAAAGAGAAAGAAAUACAUUCUCUGUCUAAUAACAGUAUUACUAACUAAAUAUGACUGCUGGCAAAUGUCUUAAUAAUAAUAAUAAUAAUAAUAAUAAUAAAGACAAGAUUAUAUUAAAAAUGUAAUGUUGAAAUACAAAAUUUGAUCAAUAAUGUUAACUGUAGCAUAAUCAGAAUAAUUGGCAAUGGUCAGUGAAUAAUUAGAAAAAAAAUGUGUUUUUUCUUUGUGGCAUUUACAAAUCUGUAAUGGGCUAUCAAAAAAGAAUUGUUUCAAAAUGAAUUCUUUGCUUUGUAGAAUAUCAGCCGCUGUUUCUUUUGUUAUUUGGUGUGGAUGUGUCAAAAGGUUGGUUGUUCCUAUAUUUUUGUGAGAUCCACUAAGUUUCAAAAUAUUACACUUGCUGUUGUUGCUACUUAUAUUUCCAAGAUUUUUGUGUGUUAUGGAAUGUUUUUUUUUGUGCUGUGGUGUUGUGAAUUGUAUUUUUCCAAUAUUAAAAAUAAAUCUAAACAUCA